AAGAAAGCAUCUGUGAACAUGGGGAUAUUUUCACACAGCAAAUCCCUUGUCCCAGUGUGUCAGCGUAUGCAUCGAAGCAUUUUCAAUAUGACGAAGAAGACCUAUCCUUCGUCCUCUUCUUCGGUUCAAGCUCUGUACGACCACUGUAAGAAGACUUUUACGCCCUCGGGAACACCUCCUGCUUCCUCUCAAGCCUUUAACAAGCUCUGUUCUCUAUUGGACGCAAUUGGACCUGCUGAUGUUGGGUUGAAAGAGGAAUACCAAGAGGAUGAUAGAGGUCUUGGCCUUUUUGGACUUAAUGUAUUAAAUAGGGUGGGUCGAUGGGCUCAACCAAUAACCUAUGUGGAUAUACAUGAAUGUGAUAGCUUUACGAUGUGUGUCUUCUGCUUCCCCACUUCUUCAGUUAUUCCACUCCAUGACCAUCCUGGGAUGACUGUUUUCAGCAAAGUUCUCUAUGGCUCAUUGCAUGUAAAAGGCUACGACUGGGUUGAGCCUGUCCGCAUCCAGAAACUUAAUGAACCAGUAAGGUUGGCGAAGUUGGCCGUCGAUAAAGUUCUAACAGCACCAUGUGGGACCUCAGUUUUGUACCCAAAGAGUGGGGGGAAUUUGCAUUGUUUCACAGCAAUCACCCCUUGUGCUGUGCUUGACAUUCUUGCACCCCCUUACCAAGCAGAAGCAGGCAGGAGAUGUACUUACUACCAUGAUUACCCUUAUUCCAGCUUCCCCACAGGAACUGGAGAUGAGACAAGUGAUGGCAAAGAAGAUGACUACGCGUGGCUUGCUGAGAUAGAAACCCCAGAUGAUCUCUACAUGCACCAUGGGACAUACAGGGGCCCAGAUAUUCAAAUAUAGCAUUUAUCGUUGAUGAUUUCGGAUGAGACUUUAUCACAAUCAUAUUGAAUACUGAAGGAUGUUUCUGUCGCAUUUGACUGCAAGCCUUACAUCACAUGAGGCCAUAAAUGCAACUACAAUGCUCUUAGUCUUGCCAUGUGCAUCAAGGUAGAAUCUUCCCUUCUUCCAGUGACAAGAUACUUGCAGCAACGAAAUGCUGUAUACAUGGCACCACAUCAGACUUCUCUAAAGUUACAUGAAUCUCUGCACCUAUAUAACUUGUAAUCUGAACAGCUAAUUUUAUCAAAAUGUGCAGGUUUUGGGAACUUGUUAUGCCUGUAUUUAUAUGUCAUUUAGUUAUUAUAUCAUAUAUGCAUUCAUUUUUCUGUUAAUUACAUAUAAA